CAUACCUCUCUACGAACCCGUCAUACUGACAUGCCUGCCCAAGGUCGUCAUGUUCUCGGCAUUCGGAGUUCAGAAAGAGGGCUAAGCUUCUGCCUGGAAGCUUGCCAACUCUUCGCCUUGUGCAGAGCCCAUUGCAAGACAGGCUCCACAUCGCAAUAUACGUGCACUGAUAGGGCUAGGUAGUAAGCGAAGGUUUCCAUAUUUCUCGUCUCCCUUAUCUCUAAGCUUUCCUUUCUCUGUUUUCUGCAUAAGCGAAGUCGUAAUGGACGUCCUUCGGGCUAUACACAAGAUCGCUACCACCAAAAAGAUCAAUGCAGAUGGUGUACCUUCAGCAUCUCUCGCGAUUUUGCAAGAUGGCAAGAUCGCAGCACUAAACAUCACCAAUGGCAAAGAAGACACAGAUACCAUAUACCAAGCAUGCAGUAUCUCCAAAGCUAUCACGGCUGUCGCAGUCGCAAAGCUCAUCGACGAUGGUCACUUCUCAUACGACACACUUGUCGUCCAGCAUCUCCCACAAAGUACCAUUGACUGUAUCAUAGAUGCCAAAACAGCACCUUUGAUGCAGCACGUUACCGUCCGCAUGCUCGUCUCGCAUACAUCCGGGUUGUCACAGCACGGCUUUCCUGGCUAUGCGGGCGACGUACCCUCUGCGGAGGAUAUCUUAGCUGGCCGAGCACCAUCCAACACGCCUAGAGUACACUUCCUCACAUACCCGGGUGCACAGUACAGCUACUCCGGCGGAGGCUUCGUUGUCCUCCAAUUGUUCCUCGAACAAGUCAUGAAGCUUCCGUUCGCCGACCUGAUGCAGAACGUCGUUCUUGGACCGCUGGAAAUGACGCGAAGUCGCUAUAGCGAUACCGUCCUGCCGCCCGGAGAGAAAAACCACGCCAUGGCACACUACACCGCUUACGUAGAAGCUAAUGCACCUUACCAUAUUUUCCGGGAGCUGGCGGCCGCGGGACUGUGGACGACGCCGUCGGAUUUGCUUAGAGCAGUUGAGGCGGUGCAGAUGUCACUGCACGCGCCAAACGGGUUUCUCAAGCAGUCUACGGCGAAAGAAAUGCUGACCAAAGUCACCUCCGCCAAUACCGAGCGCGCACUGGCACUCGGGUGGGCGUCAGAUGGGAGCGGGUUUGGCCAUACUGGGAGUAACGAGCCCGGGUAUAUGUGCUAUGCGUUCGGCUCUCAUGGCGGACUCGUCAAUGCGAAGGAUGAUAGCGUCUUGCAGAUACCUGCCGGAUACGCUUUCGCGGUCAUGACGAGCAGCAGCUAUGGCCUUGAUGUUAUAAAGCCUAUACUGAGUGCUCUAUUGUAUGUGAAGGGGUGGCCGAGAGUUGUCUCUCUGCCGGGCCAUUUUAUGGAGGAUGAUUUCGUGCCUUACCCAGCGGUUGAGGGUACGCCGGUGGAGCAUGGGUGGCAGGAGUGGGUUGGGUGUUGGGGCGAUGAGUGGCGGUUGGUGGAAGUGGAUGGUGUGCCUCGUUGGAGUUUCAAAGAUUUCGAGGCAGCAGCGUUGGUACCGGCUGCGGCGCCGGUGAAGGCGUUGCGUGACAGAGUGACCGAGCAUGUUUUCGUCGUUGACGGGCUUGAGAGUUCCGUGAGGCUGACUAAGGCGGACGGCGAGCGAGUCAUCGAGUUGAUGCAGGCAGAGAGGCGUGUACUCAAACAGACGAACGCCGCUUAGAAUGCUGUUACACAGACUCCGCCCCUCAGUACACAGACUCCACCCCUCACCGUCCACGUCGUGUCACAACGAAAUUUGGAGCGCAGGGGUUGAUACUCAUUUGAUGGAUUGUUAGACACCUUCGAAGCCCAUGGUAUAGAUAUGGAAUGCAGGGAGCAGAAUGUCAGAUGUAGGUUCUCGGGACAUUGAUGGUAUUGUAAAUCCUAGAUGUAAUACAGGGGAAAGCUGUUGUCGGCCCAAAGCCUUGGACUUUCACCCCUGAAGAGUGUCUCUUGUUAUUCGUCCGAAAACUGCGCUUCCACAACCACAGUACAGCGAGCACC